CAGCAAAACAUUUUCAACAGACUAAAGAUUUGACAAUGCCGAAAUUUUUCACUCGAAAUUCGACAGGAUCGAAACUUUUUUACUCAAAGUUUGACACUGUCAAAACACGCUGCCGAAAACUAUUUCUAUCGAACUACGAAAUACCCUCAGUUUAUUACCGGAGUGAAAAGAUCAAUCAAGUGUUGCAUGGCAAACACUAUCCCGAACAGAUCUUUCGUGAAAUGUUAAAGUGGCGCAAUGUCGAAACAUGCGCAACUUUUUUCAAUAAAAAAUGAAAAAACCUGUCCAUUACUUGGCGCCCCAUGAUUUCAUUUUUAUAACUUAUGCAGUUAUGAUAAAUACCUGAGACAUGACUGCACAAGUUCUAUAGAUUGUGCAAAAGAUCUGAAAAAAUCAUCGUCUGAAGAAGGGGGAGGGCAGGUGCUACUUGUCAGGCAGCUUUCAACCACAACAAAGCUAUAAAUACUAUUGAAAGUACUAUUUUCUGAAACUACGCAGUCGAUACUACAUAAAUCCAUCAGAAGUGGAAAAUCAAAAAAAUUGUCAAAAACCGCCUUCCGAAGGAAGCAAGAGACAACAACCUUAAGAAUACCUACAAAAAAUAGAAGUUCUCACUCAGCAUCAAUGUGGACCAUUCCAGCCCAUUUCGACCCGUUCUAGCAUUCCAAAAAUGUUUUUUCCCCCUUAAGUGCACUCCUCUUUGCUCUAGGUAAAAUGGUAUUUUUCAAUGAUAUGCCCGUAGUUUUGCGUUUUGCGUCAUUGCCUCUCAUUACAUGUAAUAGUGACGACGCACACAUUACACUACAGAACAUCCCCAGUAGUCGUACAGAUCUACCUCGUAGAAAAGGAAAAAAAGUGCCUUGUCACCGUUACGACUCGAACUAAAACAUAUUAAUAUGUGUAACAAAAAGCUUGUAUGUAUACUUGUAUGAAAUUGACUAGGGAUAUACAUGCCUACAAAUACUUACAAAAACAUCUUACUGGUUGGUGCUGCUGGUGACAUCGGUAAAUGCAUUCUCUCAACUCUCCUUCCUGAUCUUACUUUCAACGUGACCAUUCUUUCGCGUGCUGAUUCAAAUACAAUAUUUCCAUCCAAUGUUAAUGUGAUCAAAGUCGAUUAUUCAGAUAAAGGUGCAUUGACUAAUGCUCUUGUUGGUCAACAUGUGGUCAUUUCGACUGUUGGUGGUGAAGGCCUGUUCAAUGAUUUUGGUACAACUUUAGUUGAAGCUGCAAUCGAUGCAGGUGUCAAAUGGUUUAUUCCAUCUGAAUUUGGUGCAGAUUAUGAUGAUCCUAUUUGUACAACUGUUCCACCUUUAGCCAUCAAACUAGGUGUCGCAAAGCUGCUCAGAGAGAAUCAAUCUCGCAUCAGUCAUACCUUCAUUACGACCGGUAUGUUUCUUGAUUGGGGUUCCGAUAAUGGAUUUCUCGGUUUCGAUAUUCCCAGCCGUACGGUUACGCUCUAUGAUGAAGGGAAAGCACGUACAUCGGGCACAAUUCUUCCAAAUAUUGCCAAAGCUGUUGUCGCCGCUAUUCAUCAUCCAGAAGUAUCCUUAAACAAGCGAAUCUACAUAGCAGACGCAACAUUUACACAACAAGAAGUUUUAGCUCUCUUUGAAAAAUACACAAAUACCAAAUGGACAGUGAGACAUGUUUCGACGAAGGAUAAACAGAAAGAAGGAGCUGAAAAAUUUGCAAAAGGGAACGUUGGAGAAGCUCUUCUUGAUUAUGUAAGGUAUUUAGUGUAUAGCGGUGUAAAAGUCAAUAUGCUCGAAGGCAGAACAAGCAACAAAGACUUAGGAAUACUAACGAUAUCGUUAGAUCAAAUUGUUAAAGAAGCAGUACAACGAACAAACCCUACUCAACAAUAA